AUGGCAUCGCACAAUGAGAACGAUUCGGUUCCUGAAAUGAUUGAUCAUCGACAUUUGCAAAUGUGGAAGUGAGUUUUGAUCUAGGCCCCACGAACAAUUAAAUUUCUUUUUUUUCAGAUGGCUCCAUGGCCGCCAAAACUUUCGAGCUUCGGUCGUCGAAAACUCGCUGGAAUCUUCAACAAGUCUUUCGACAAGUUUCGAUUUCAGGUAAGUCGCAUUUUCCAAUUGAAUUCAAUUAGCAAUUUGAAAGAAAAAGAAAAUGAAAAGUGAAACCUGUUUUGGUCGCCGCGCAAAGAUUUCUGGGAUUCUUGUUUUAUCGAUUUUAUUAGUGAUGAAAACAAAAAGUUUUGCGGUUUUUUCUUGGAAAAACAGUGAUUUUUAAAGCGUUUUUCUUGUUUUUGAGUGUUUGAUCUGAUAAUUUUGGGUGUUCUGAUAAUUUUUAAUGACGUGUGUUACAUAUGUGUUCUUGCCAAAUUUUAGAAUAGCUAGACUCCAGGAUGUCUGCGUCUCUAACCUUUAAUCUAGUGAUCUUCUUGUGUCUGCGUCCCUAUUACUCUCUAGCUUCUCUAGCUUUAGCUGCAUGUCUGUCUAACAAUCCUCUGUGUUUCCACUGCGUCUCUGAUCUCUAUUUCUUUAUCUCUCUCCCUCUCAAUUAUCCAUUUCUCUACCCUGCUCGUCUAGCGUCUCUGCUUGUCUGCUGCUACCCCCCUCACUCUCUGCAUCUCUCGUUUUCCCGCAUGUUCCUCUCCGUCUCUACCUUUCUCUCGCCGUCUAACCCUCUCUCCUUUGCAGAUGAGUGUUCUCGGCUUCAUUCUCCUCUGUCAAUACAGUGGCAACCUGCUAGUUCAGCUAACCUUCUACAUUCUUUUUGUUUGGAUAAGCCGGCCGGCGGCGGACUGUCAAAGAUGUUUCCGGAUUGAUUGGCGCGGUUUUUUUUGCAGCAAGUUGCCGGCUCUCAUUAGGCUCCUCAUUUUUCAGCAGGCGCGCGGCUAGCGUGUGAAGUGGUUUAGACAAAUAUUUAUCGUUGCAUUAUGGAUAAAACUCACAAAAUCGCCUGUUUCGUUUCGUUGGGCUCGUUUAUUUUUAGGUGAGUGAGGGUUUUUGGGAGCUUUUCAUUGAAGUUUCAUGGUCCGGCUCCAAAAUAACGUUUUCCUAAUUUUUAACCUAAAAUUCAGGCCUUGUCUCAUACAAGGGCGAGAAUUGUCCAAUCCGAGUCUAGGCCAGGAUUCUGACAAGCCUCCAAAUCCAGGCUCCGAAAAUCUAAGGCCAUCUCAGCCCUGUUCAAACGAGUCCCAAAAAACCAAACUUUUUGAGAACCCAGUGAAGUUAAAAUCCACCCUAACUACACUGUAGUCUGGAAGCUAUGUAUUUUCCAGUAUCGUCUUCAUAAUCGCAUCAUGCAGUUCAGACUACUGGGUCCGUUCAGAAAUUAUCGAUACCAGAAAAUUCCGUCCAGCUGGUUUUGUACAUUCUGGAAUUUUCAGAGGUGAUCGACAAAUUGAUUACGGUGAUGGUCUUUAUAGCUAUCGAUUUUCCAGUGAGUCUUCGUUAAUUAAAAUUCAUUUUCAUUCUUAUGUACCAUAAUCUUCUUGCAGUAUUCUCGGAACUCCAAGAAGGUCACUCAUUUUUCACACGAGCUGUUUGGAUUUUUGUGUUGUUUUUUGAGGCAAUGUCGCUUAUUUGGUCAUUGAUGGGAGUGAUUACUUGCAUUUUUUCAAUAACUUCGUUGAAAGUUGAUGUUUCGGUGGCUGGGCCGAAUGGGAUUUAUUUGUGGAGUUUAUUGUCGUGUGAGUUUGUUAUCGAGCAUCAGUAGAUCACAAGCUUCAGAAUGAGUAUAAUGAAGCCCCAAAAAAAUUCGGGCUUCUUAAAGGGCCUUAUCCACUUUAUUAUAAAGAGGCCUGGAAAAAAUCAAUGUUCCUAUUCCAGCUGUAUCGCAUGGCGGUGCUCUCGCUCUCUUCUAUUCCCAAUUCCAAAGUUCACUGCGAACCUCAAUGCUCUUAUCGGAACACCUCGAUCUCGGCUACACUACAUUCAAUCAAGCCUCAUUAUCCUACGCCUUUUAUAUGUCACUUUGCGCCUUGUUUUCUUUGUAUAUACCACCGCUUACACUGGUUUUAUUUACCGAACGAAUUGUUCAAAUUGGCCGAAAAUCAACGAGCUCCUCUUUUGAUCCAACACUUAUGUUGUAUUAG